AUGAUACGUGGAGUCUGGAAUCAAGUAUCAUCUACAAUUGGAAUGGCAUCACCUCUCUCAGAGAGAGGAGACACUGCGCUCAACACAAACGCACCACUCGAUGCCUCGCAGAAGGACGGUUACGAAGUAACAUGUUACACUACAAAAACAUAUGUGGACAACGAGAGCGAUGGACUCCCUAGCUCGCCAUUCGUUGCGAACAUUGCUGACCCAGCAGGCGUGGAAAAUGUCUCACCGAGCAAGAUGUCUCGAUCCAAAACAAGAAGCCCCAUCGAACGGGAUCCCUUAUCGCCUUUGAAGCCGCUGAAGAGUCGCACAUCUCCCACCUCAAAAGACGAAUCCCCGAGGAAACUUUCGGAUCAAAUGAGAAGCGCACGAAAGCUCUCGUCGCCCGAGAAGCGAUUCCCAGUCAGGCCAUCGAUGUCACCCGAGAAACAACCCGUCGCUGUGGAGAGAAAGCUGUCGAUCGAGGUGGCUUUGGCAGAAAAUGACGGCCUUACAAAAGCCAUCGAGAUAUUGGAGGAUGGGGACAGCGAGAACGAAGAGCGGCUCACAGAUGGUAACCUGACCUUCCUAGGGCCAGGAGGACCCAGUCCUAGCUGCGAUGAAGCUACCAACAUGGACGAUAGCACAUUCAGUACAUUCUCGGCUAUACCAGACAUGACAACGUUUGCAAAGGUUGGGCGCUCUCCUACAAAAUACUCGGACGCUGGGCCGACCCCAAGACGAAAUCAAGUAUAUACCCCCGCAACAGCUCGACGUCCAAUGAAUAACCACUCCCCUUCCCCAACGCCUCGUGGGCACCGAUUUGAGCAGGAUCGAGAUGAUGGCAACACAACAAACCUUCUCGACUUCACGGAGCAGUUUAAUAAUUUCUCCUCAUACAGUCGCCAAUCGCCCAGCAAACACAGCAGACAAUCCCCUCUCAAAAAUACUACGAUACCAGACAUGCCAUGGGGAUCAACGCCUGCUCUGAAUCGAAGCAAUAUGUCGAACCUACUCGAUUUUGAUAUUCCACCGGCUCCAACACCACGAAGCAUGCCAUCGAUCACCCCUAGGGAACUCGAGAGUCUGAAAUCAGGUUUCCUCUCUGAGAUCAGUAGUCUUAAAGCUUCGUUAAGCGGGAAAGAAGCUGAGGUCAACUCCCUCAAGACGGCUGUGGGGGAUGCUGAGAACCGAGUAGGCGAGAGCUUGGAACAGGUCCGAGAGGAACGAAGCCUGAAGGAACAGCUAGCCGCCGAAAAGGAGGAGUGGGAGAGAAGAGGGCGGGAGAUGGAGGCUGUCUUACGGAAUGUGAAGGAUGAAAUAUUACAUGGGGAGCGAGAUCGGGAUGACCUCGAAGGUCGCUUGGAAGAAAGUGAGAGAAGGAGAGAGGCGGCAGAAGUCAUGGCCCAAGAAGCGGAAAGCAAAUUGGCUGCUGUGAAGACCGGGAAAGCACCGCCAACCUCGGAACAUAGUGAUACUAAGCCAGGCGAGUGUGUAUGUGGAGGCCGAGCGGUCGAGAUUGCUGUCGAGAAGGUAUCUAGAGAGCUACAUACAUUGUACAAGGAUAAGCACGAGACUAAGGUUGCCGCCCUCAAAAAGAGCUACGAGCGCCGAUGGGAGAAGAAGAUCAAAGAACUCGAGAGUCAAAUCGGGGAUCUCGCUAAGGAGAAUGACGAGCUACGACAGGGACGCGACGCAACAAUGACCAAAGUCGAGCCUAAGGAUCCCCAUGAAGUCACGGAGGACCUGAAGAAGCAAGCUGCCAAAGAUGCCAAGUCGAAGGAGCUAGAAGCAGAGUUGGAAGGCCUAAACCAAGUUGUUAAGAGCGUAAAGCAAGACAACUCGCAUCUUCGGAGACUCCUAGACGAGGAGAGGGUGGAAAAGGGCAAAUUGGUGGCUGCAGUAGAUGAGAUGAUUCCCGUGGUGGCAGCUUUUGAUGACAUGCUUGCGGAAAUGAAUGCAGCUCCUUCGAAUCAACAACCCAGCAUCCCAUCUCAACCACUCACCCAGCCGGGCGUUGUUGAAAACCUCAGAGGCAGCAUAUCACGGGCCUCUGGCCUACGCGCCCCUACGAGCGUCUCCACCCUUGCUUCAGGGGAAAGCCGCAUUGGCAGAGGGGGAUUUGGCGCGCCAGCAGGGCAUAAUCAGGAGAGGGCUAGCAGGAGUGGAAGUGCCCACGGCUCGAGACCCGGAAGUGGUCUGGGAUAUAGAAGCGGGAUAAUGAGCUCCAUUGAGAGAAUGGGAAGCCACAAGGGACGAGGGGAGUAA